AGAAACGAUAAGUACGUAGGAAACGAACGAGAAUUCAAAGAGGAAGCGUAAAAGUAUGAACAAAUAAUAAAAACGUUGCUUUCUUUUUUAGAGUGAUGAGUUCCUUCUCUUAUCGUACAAAAUUAUCUAACAUUACGUUGUAACGACGAAAUUUAAGCAAAUGAUAUUUGAACGCAUUAUUAUCCGCGUUCCUCGCCUGGUCACUUGCUCAUCGAACCCCCGGUUCGAGAACAGUCACGCCGGCGGGGAACUUGACAUUGAACCCUCCACAUUACGCCCCAUCACGCGUACAUACAUGUGGCUUAACUCACAUGUAUUCACACGUCCAUUAUUCCGGCUAUAUGCAAAGUACAUGCACGAGGGUAUAAAAGAAUCGGGCGCUUGCGCCGUAUCCAUGACGACAAGUGGUUCUUACUACUCGAGCACGACCUCUAUUCGUUCCUGACAAAUCAUUAUAGCAUUAUCGUGCGCGUUGUAUAAGAAAGCUAAGGGCGUAAAAACUCGCUUGCACAAAAGCAUCGUGACUCAUAGUCGUUUGUGUUGUCGCGCGCGACGCAAAGCCGGUGGUCCUUUCGGGUGAACGGGAAGCUGGUGUGUGUUCUCCAAUCCUUCGAGUGGAGUCGGAUCCCUUGACUCAAAGGGAAACGUGUGAAAUUUAUCUUCGUUGAUGAGAGGUCGAUCGUUGAACCCGAAAGUUUUCGGCACUUCAUUUAUAUCGGUCUCGAUGUAAUAAUCGCAUUCACAUUUUUAAGGGUGCUCGCAAUUUCCUCGUUCUUAUCCAAGUGUCGCGCAUGAUAUAAGAUGACAUUUGAAAUGAAGGUGAUUGUAAUGAUUUGUUGCGGAUUCCUCGGGUAAAUUUUCGAAAGUCCGAUGUGGACAGUGAUUUUACUUGGUUUUAUUCUCAAAUGCUUAUUAAGGAAGUUACGUCGAAUAGAUUCGACGCGAAUCAACACGUGGCAGGUGCAUACGCCUCCGUCAUUAGGACGUCGCUUUGUAGCGAAGAAAAUUAAAUUCCACGGAUAAAAUCGGAUCGAACCUGGACAAUUAAACUAGUGUACAUUUGUCGAGGCAAUUUUCGAUUACGAAAAAUCGAUUAAAAAAACUGUCGAGUGAUAAAACGCGGAAUAAUUGUCACUAAUGUGAAAGUCUCGUGAGGUCACAAGCUGCGUAUGAUUCUUCAGAACUUCACGCGUGUUGAAGCAGGGAUGAAUUCAUCUGCCAGAAGCAUGUGAAUGUAAAUGGCCGUGGAAGGAUUGUGGCAGUCCUCGAACGACUUACUAUGGGCAUCUGCCUUGACACUGAUCAGCAACAUGGAUCGCAGGUGUUCGAGGAAGGCGAUGCUCGGGCUACAGGAAGAUGGCGAGGCGAGGCUGGUCUUUUGGCAACUCCACCAGAUGGACAUUUCCCGAAGCAAAAUGUUGGUCCAGUUAAAUUCGAGAUACCAAAAGUUCCUGUUAUAUUUGUCCUUGGCGGUCCUGGUAGUGGGAAGGUGACAUAUUGCGACAAUUUGAUACAAGAGAAAAAGGGAAUAACGCAUAUCAACAUGAUGGAUCUUCUUCAACAAUAUGCAUUAGGGAAUGAUAUGCAAGAUUUUGGACAACUUAGUAGUAAGACUGUCACAGAAGUACUCAUGCUCGAGAUGAAAAUGUCCCCAGGAGCCAAAGUCUUUCUUGUAAGCGGAUAUCCGCGAAAUAUGCGUGACGUAGUGGAAUAUGCCGAAAAAAUAAAAAUCGUCAAUGGCGUCAUUCUUGUAUCGUGGAGACAAGAAGUAUUGGAGAGGCAAAUUGAUUUCGGUGCUCAACUCGGUCACGUCAUCAUCGGAUUGGCUAGAAUGGAGUUGUAUAAUUUUUACAGGAAUGUCAUGCCGGUCGCGGAAUAUUUUGAUCAAAGUGGAAUGUUACUUGAGGUGAACGGAGAGCGUAAUCCGAGUGAGGUCUAUGUCAGUUUUCGGGAUGCCGUUCUUAGAAUUCUCGGCAUGUCAAGCGGCGAGAAUCGUGAUCAAGAUAUACCUCAAUCUCUAGAAACCGAGGUCGAAGUGGAAAGGAGAAAAGAAUCGAUUACGAGUCCACCGCUACCGAAGCAACAAGUCAUAGCAUCUAUGAUGACGCCGUCCCCAGUAUCCACAAAUGCGCCAUUGAAAACAGCUAAUAAACCAAGAAAAGGAUUACCAGCAUUUAUCUGGGUGAUAGGUGGACCUGGAAGUAAUAAGGCGGCUCUUUGCACCCAAGCCGUUUGCAAUAUGCCAGGCUGGCUACACAUAAGUAUCGGGGAAUUGUUAAGAACAAUGGCAUCGUCGAAUAUGAUUGUGAACGACGCCAUCGUUUCGGGUGAAAUGGUACCGCAUGACAUCGUGAUGCAACUUGUGGAGCAACAGAUUCUUCUCAAUCGAGACACGGAUGGUAUUGUCAUGGAUGGAUAUCCGAGAGACUUAAAUCAAGUGCAAGAAUUCGAAAGCAAGUUUGGGCAAGAACCUCCGCUAGUACUACUCGAUUGCUCCAAGCUGCAACUCGGGAGAGGAAGACUGGACGACAGUGUUUCGGCAUUUAGGAAAAGAUUGGAACUCUUUCGCGAGGUAUCUCUUCCCAUGCUGAAAACACUGGACAACGACAAUCGUUUAAUAAUUGUGGAUGGAGAUACGGAUGUACCUAGCGUGCAGCAGGAUUUUGCCGCUGCGUUGUAUCAGCUGAUGCAUCGAGCACGUCGCAAGGAGGAAGAGAACAAUCUCCGUGAUACAGAUAUGCCGACAAUCGAAGGACACCCAAACGGAACACACGCCGUGACCGAUCAAACUGAACGUGCCACAUCUAACAAUGUUAUCAAGCGGAUGGUCAACGGCGUGUCUAAUCACAUUGGAAACGGGAUCAACGCGACGAAAAAGAUAAAUGGAAUUACCGCUCAAGGAGUAGGUGCCAUCUCUAACGGCAUAUUGAACAAUAUGAAGCAUAUUCAUCAGAACGGUCACAUUUAUCAAAACGGCACUGUAAACGGAACGGUGCAUAUGCUGCAGAAUGGCGCAGCGCAUCUAGCCAACGGCAUUGGCAACAAUAAAGUUGCGCCGGCGGUCAACAACUAUUUGCCAAAGGAUCCAAUCAAGAAAAUGUACAACGAAGUCGAAGGUUAUCAGCAGAACCUUCACAUGUAAGCGUGAUAUGCCAGCCUACGCGAGAUCUUUUUUUUUUUUUU